UUCCGUUAUACGCAUGCACUCGAAAAGCUUGUACCGGAGCAACUCGUUACGAGUCCGUAAGGCGCUCAGUCAAAUCAACCAGAUUUUUCCCGUUGAUCCCGCGUUUCGCGCUAUGUUGUUCUUUACGGUAGUACUUCAAACGCAACCCUGCUAAACUUUGCUUAGUCUGCGUUGCUUAGUCUGCGUUGCUUAGGACAGGGUUUAGGAACGCAGGUACAGUAAAUAACUUCUGGAGAUUUCAUCCAUGGCGCCUUUACAUUGCACGAUCCGCGCCGCCAGCCUCCUUCCUGUUGCCGGCGCAUCGCGCCUAGGAGCUCCUUCGAGGAGAUUAACGACAUUGACAUUUCUACCUGAGAAGCUUCGUUGCAGUCAACCAGUUCCUCGAUCCGGUUCUUCUAUCGAGGGUUCACUCAGAUCCCUGCGGUAUCCUCCAUUGCGCUUCGUUAAAAGACGCUCGUUUAUGUCACCUUCGUUUCAAUCGUGCGUUGCUUCCGCGUCUCGGCCCUCCCGAGGGACAGUGGCUGCUACUGGAGAAGGAUCAGCUACGGCAUUAGGUGCUGCUUCGGUACAGUCUGCUCCGUUAUACGAUGCAGUGCUUGUAGAUGUCGGAGGGACGCUGCUGAAAACCGCCGAGCCGGUCCACGACACGUACGCCGCGUUCGCCGGGAAAUAUGGUGUGACUGUAUCCGCGGACGAAAUAAAGAAGGGAUUCAGACGAGCGUUCGCGGAGCCUUGGCCACAUGGCCUGAGAUAUGAGGGCGACGGGCGUCCGUUUUGGCGGCAUGCAGUGGCCAUAGCAACAGGGUCCGACAACCAGGAUCUGUUUGAAGACCUCUACCAGCACUAUGAGAAGGCAGCGGCGUGGCGGGUGGCAGAUGGCGCAGUGGACGCUCUCUUGAGACUCAGGCAAGCCAAUGUUCGUUUGGCAAUUGUGUCCAACUUUGACUCUCGAUUGCGGCCGAUUCUUCAGGACCUUCAAGUAGACUCCCUUUUUGACGCCAUCGUCGUAUCAGCUGAAGUUAAAUACGAGAAGCCGUCACCAGAGAUAUUCUCCAUCGCCCUUGAGCAAGUAGGCGUGUCGUCCCCCAGUCGAGCGGUGCAUGUGGGCGAUGACGCUGUGAACGACCUGAAGGGCGCCAUGGAUGCUGGCCUGCAUGCAUGGUGAGACAUGGGUUAUGGAAGCAAGAUGUUAACUCGUUUGACCAUAUCACUCAACGUGUCCUUGGGUUAUAAAUUGAGUGGCGAUAGGCUCCUAUACAAUAAAUAGAGCCUCCCAUACAAUACCGUACCAGGCUCCUCUCGUUGUGCUAAUAUUAGGCUAACAU